AUGGCGAGGGCAUUGACCAUGGGCGUAGUCGCCGCGGCGGCCGUGCUGGUGUUCCUGUGCGCCACCGCCGUGCCGGCCGCUGCCCAGGGAAAGAAGGGGCUGCCCAAGAACUCCCACGUGAUCCACCCGAAGCAGUUCGGGAGGAGGGAGCAGGUGCUCUCCUGCGACGACACCGCCGACGGCAACACCCCCUGCGUCGCCACCUGCGACAAGCGCUGCCCUAACGAGUGCAUCGUCAUGUGCCCAGGCUGCAAGACCUACUGCAUGUGCGACUUCUACCCCGGCGUGUCCUGCGGGGACCCGCGCUUCACCGGCGCCGACGGCAACAACUUCUACUUCCACGGCAAGAAGGACCAGAGCUUCUGCGUCGUCUCCGAUGCCGAUCUCCACAUCAACGCCCACUUCAUCGGCAAGCGUAACCCCACCAUGAGCAGAGACUUCACCUGGAUCCAGGCCCUCGGCAUCCGUUUCGCCGACCACCGCCUUUACAUGGCCGCCCAGAAGACCAUCGAGUGGGACAGUGACGUCGACCGCCUUGAGCUGGCCUUUGACGGCAUGCCCAUCGACAUCCCCACCGAGAUGGAUGCAGAGUGGCAGUCCACCAUCGUGCCCACCUUGACUGUCACGAGGACCUCCGCGGCCAACGGCGUCAGGGUCCAGCUCAAGGGGGUGUUUGACAUCUUGGCCAAUGUGGUGCCCAUCACCGAGAAGGACUCCCGCAUCCACAACUACGGCGUCACGGAGGAAGACAGCCUCGCACACUUCAACAUUGGGUUCAAGUUCCACGCCCUCACUGACGACAUCCAUGGCGUGCUCGGCCAGACAUACCGCACAGACUACGUCAACAAGCUCAGCGUGAGCGCCAACAUGCCGAUCAUGGGUGGCGCUGCCAGCUACGUCUCCUCCGACAUCUUCUCCACCGACUGCAAGGUUGCCAGGUUCGGCCGUGGCCACAACAAGAUCUCCAUGGUAACCACCAAGGCCAAUUAA